UGCAAACAUAUAAGAUACAGAUCAUUGGAGAAUCAUAUCUAGAAUAAUGAAAGGUUGCUAUGUUACCUGUGACAUUUGUAUUCCCUAGGCGGCUUGACAUUUUGAAAUUUGAUUCAACGGGCAAAAAGCGUAAGGCAUUUGAGAAACACAUGAGCACAAAUGAUUAUGAUGUUACUGGGAAAGUACAAGGAGGAUUAUUUAUUUACUUGGUUUAGGAUUAAAGUGGUAAACACUCUUGAAGUUGAAUAAUAGGUAAUGAAAUUUUAACGUUUAACUGUCGUUUGUCUUCAAAGUGAAAAUAAUUAAUUAAACAACUUGCUUUAACAACAUUGUUUUUGGGUAAUUGAAUACCAGUAGGAAACAUUAUUACAAACAAUAUAAUUAUGGAAGACAGGCUCGAGGUGCACAGAUAAACGAAACGGUCUACCUAGAUACGGGCAUCCAAAGAUUACAAGACAAAAAUGAUCAAAAGAUAUAUGACGAUAGGCAUCUGUUACCAUGGGGAAUUUUAGAAUGAGUCCAUAUCGACGACUUAUCAUAAAUUCUGUUUCAUUACAACGGGAAUUAUAAAUCAUUAAAUCCUAUGUGACAAUAUUGUACUUUCCAUUAGUUGCAAUGGAAUCGAUAAGCAGAAAAGAUUCAAACAUUGCCAUCUGAGAUACUAGUGUGGUACAGAAAAUCGGAUAUCAAAACAGCGUGAAUGUAUAAAUAGUUAAAGAACUAUUAUUUUCUAUAAAACUUGACAAGGAAACAGUAAUAUCGAAUAAUAUUCACUAAAGAACAGGAUAUUCAAGGGUGGAGUGUUUUCAAAAGUGAACGAAAGAAUGAAUAUACUGGUGUAUCUAAAUCAAUUGUGAAUAAUGGUUGGCUAUCCGGCAGAAUUUGUGGCUUUAGUUUGCUUUCUGCUUGCCGGUGAACUCAUAAUUGGUCUUACUCUUAACUUAUAUAUCAUGAUCAGGUGGUACAACGACAAGACACGUAAAGCAAAAAAUAGAAAGAAUGGCAACAACUUCAUCAUCACGCUCAAAUUUAUGGACUUAUUUAUUUGUGUUACAGCGAUACCGUUUGCAUUUGCAGCGCUCAUAGUCAACAGUGAUCAUAACUUGGUUGUUUGCUUCAUAAAAGAAGGCUUUGUAAUGUUUGCAAGUUCGGGGAGCUCAUUUUGCGUGCUGCUUAUCAGUGUAGACCGUUACAUUGCCAUCGUAUGGCCAACGAAAAAUCUACUGACGCACAAAAGGAUUUUAACUUGUAGGGUUAUCGCGGUGCUGUUUGCUUUGAUUGGUCUAGUUCUACCAUCUUUAAGUUUGCUAAUGGGAAUGUUUUACACCGCAAGGAGUCAAAGUUCAUCUUUACUUCCCUGUAGACAUGUAGUUUGGAUAUUUGAACCAAAUUAUUUAUAUGAAAUAUAUUAUAUAUUUUCAUUUCUCAUCGCUGUGAUAAUAACUUUCCUGUGUUAUCACUCUGUGCUUAAAGUCGUACGACGCCGGUUGUUAUUACGUGCAACGACGGUAACACAUGCAUCUGCAUCAACCCAGAGAGCUAAUUCAUAUGUAGACAGAUUUCGCAGACAAGAAUACAAAGCUACGCGUGUAGCCUUUGCAGUAGUUGUAUCAUUCCUUGUAUGUUGGGGUCCACAUGUAAUCAUUACCGUUAUUCAAUUUACACUGGUAGAGAGCUUGGUUAUAGAUAUGAUACAAUCAGUGUGUUUAGUGAUAGCAUUUUUGACACCCAUAAUUCACCCCGUGAUCUAUUCAUAUGAAACCAACGAUAGAAAAGAUACAUUUACCAUGUCAAGUGUUCCGAUUUGUGGUUCAUGGUUCAAAGGUGGUAGCCGUAUAACACCAGAACAAACACAUAUUGACAGUAUCAAGGUUAUUAGUCGAGAAGUACCGGAUGAAGUUAAUGUUGACAGUUUUAAAUGCACUAGUACAGGGACACCAGAACUACCUAAAGAAGACAGUAUUAUAAAUUACAAUCGGAAAUCACAGACUCAAUUGGACAAUGGACUUUCAAAUGACGUUAACGAUAUACUAAAGCUUGGAACUUCUCGUGAUUCUACCACAGUAACAUUGGUAGGGACUAUAAAUGUUAUAUCUGAACAUAUAGCAUAACGUUGACUUAAACACUGUUACCAAAAGAAGUGUUAUAGACCUUGCAGAUACUUGUACGAAAAAUACAACCUGACGUCUGUAUUAUUCUAAACCAUUUAUACUUCCGUAAAUUGCUCAAUGUGGAAUGCUGUGAACAAAAAUAUGUUUAUAGCGGACAAUAAUUUGUUAUCCAUACUACGACAUCCUUAAAAGAAACAUAGAUUUAUUGAUUUUAUUAUAAAAUUCAUCUUUGAUAGUUUGUGCACUUUAUGUAUCAAAUACACGACAUUACCAUUUUGGUCUCCCAUAAUUAUAUAGGUAUAUUCUUCAUGGAAUGCGUUAGAAAUUUUAUAGAACUAAACUGCUCAUUUUUACCUUUUCGUCUCAACGCCCUACUUGCUUUUGAUAUCCGUUUUUUAAUUGUUCAUAAAAUGUCUUCAUUUGUUUUUAUUGCAGAAAAUUCCUUUGCUGUUAUGAAAAUAUAUCAUAACUAACAGACUAAAACCUUUACAUGUAUAUAAAUUCAACAAGAGACGU